GAUAGAACUUUGUCCGUGGUUUUAACUUUGUCUUUAUCCAGAGCCGUGUCAUUGAGAAAAUCCAGUUCCAUGUUUUUACUUACUCCUUGCCCAUAAAGAGCGAUGCAGCCCUUUACAUCUCUGAUCCUGCUGUAUUCGGAGACUCUGUUCCAUUAGUGAUUCCAAUACCAUUAACGGAGGCGAGUCAGAAAAGCAAAGAGUUGCUUGCCAGUUUGCAAGACUGAGGCCCGCGAGGAAUUCCUAGAAACCGCGAGUAUAAACCAGUCGGAGAUAGGGUUUCCGUAUUAGCACUUGGGGUUUCUCAUUUCGAGUCAUCCGUCUAAAGCAAGCAGACUAACCACGUUGGAAAGAGAACUUAUCUUCUCUGGAGCUUAUAGAUUUGCUAGUUUCUUGUACGUAGUCAGAUAGAGAACGAAGGAGCAUUUUUGUAAGACGAGCUAGCAUGGCGAUUAACGAGGACAUUGAAAAUCAAGAAACUGGGGACAGAGAAGGAGUAAGAGAGCGGCUCCUCGUGCCGCAAGAGAAGGACCGAGCUGGCAAAGAUGAAGGAACCGAUAAGGGUCGUCCGUGGAUGGUCUAUUUCACCCCAUUCGUUGCGGUUUGUGGUUCCUAUGAAUUCGGGACCUGCGCAGGUUAUUCAUCACCAACUCAGGAUGCUAUAGUGGAGGAACUUAGUCUCUCUACAGCUGAGUAUUCAGUCUUUGGAUCCAUACUGACAUUCGGUGCAAUGAUUGGUGCAAUUACCGGAGGACCAAUCGCUGAUUUUGUUGGCCGUAAAUGGACAAUGAGAAUAGCGAGCGCUCUUUGUGUAGCAGGAUGGCUUGCUAUUUACUUUGCUGAGGUGUCACUUGCUCUGGAUAUCGGAAGAUUGGCCACAGGAUAUGGAAUGGGAGUCUUUUCCUAUGUGGUACCAAUAUUUAUAGCUGAAAUUACACCCAAAAAUCUCCGUGGAGCUUUGACUGCUGUCAAUCAGCUUAUGAUCAUUGCUAGAGUGUCUGUUUCCUUCAUAAUCGGGACAGUAUUAGCUUGGAGGGUUUUGGCAUUAAUUGGUCUAAUCCCCUGUGUAGUCCUACUUUUCGGCCUGUUUUUCAUUCCAGAGUCUCCUAGAUGGCUGGCGAAAAUGGGCCGCAAAAAGGAGUUUGAAGCCGCGCUGCAAAAACUCCCGGGAAAGGAUGCGGAUAUUUUUGAAGAGGCUGCUGAAAUACAAGACUACAUCGAAACUCUUCAACUGCUCCCGAAAGCAAGCAUUCUCGAUAUAUUUCAGAGUAGAUAUCUGAGCUCUGUCAUUAUUGGUGUUGGAUUGAUGGUCAUCCAGCAGUUCAGAGGGAUAAACGGCGUCUAUUUCUAUACAAGCAAUAUUUUCAAGGAAGCAGGCAUGUGA